AUGGCUAGUGCUGUAAUACGACCCCGUGCUCAUUGUUUUCUGUUCGCUGGUCAUGUGCUCCCGAUGGUUUUUGCAGUUGGUCGCCAGGUCCGCUAUGCGCAUCUUGACGUGCCCAGCUUUGAGGCUGUCAAGCGCUCGGACAACGGUGACCAGAAGGAGGCUGACUACUCCCGCCGUGCCUUCACCUACCUCAUGGGUGCAGGUGGUGCUAUUGCCACCGCUCAACUGGCUAAGAGCAUGGUCCAGGACUUCCUUGAUACCAUGAGUGCUUCGGCCGACGUUCUGGCCAUGGCCAAGAUGGAAGUCAACCUUGAUGAUAUUCCCGUGGGCAAGAACGUCACUUUCAAGUGGCGUGGCAAGCCCGUUUUCGUGCGUCACCGCCCCCAGUCGGAGAUUGAUCGUGAGGCUGCCGUUGACGUCAAGUCUCUGCGUCACCCCCAGUCUGAUGCUGAGCGCGCCACCAAGCCUGAGUGGCUGGUUGUUUUGGGCAUCUGCACCCAUCUGGGCUGCGUCCCCAUUGCCAACGCCGGUGACUUCCACGGCUAUUUCUGCCCCUGCCAUGGCUCACACUACGAUGCCUCGGGUCGUAUCCGCAAGGGCCCGGCUCCCGAGAACCUUGAGAUUCCCGAGCACUCUUUCGAGGACAACCGUCUGAUCAUCGGUUAA